AGAGGAAUACAUAAAUAGUGUUUUGCAUGGAAGUGAGAGACAUUGUGUGAAUCAACUUAGGAUGAAGCCUAUAGCUUUCCACCACUUAUGUCACAUCCUCACUGAGGGGGAGCACUUACGUCCGACUGUUCACAUGUCUGUUACGGAGCAAGUGUUCAUUUUCUUGCACAUUAUUGGUCAUAAUGUGAGGUUUCGUGUAAUGGGUAGUCGGAUCUAUAGAUCAACUGAGACUGUUCAUAGAUACUUCAAGAUUGUCCUUAGGGGGGUCCUGAAAUUAUAUAGAGCUCUAAUAAGACUGCGUAGCGAAGAUACACCUCCAGAGAUAAGGAAUAGCAGAAGGUUUUACCCAUAUUUUAAGGUAAAUAUUGUGACUUGUGUGUUUUUGUAAAUUGUGAAGAUUUAUGUAAUUUUAAACCAUUAUGUUUGUCGAAAAUUAGGAUUGUGUUGGAGCAAUAGAUGGUACACAUGUUCGUGCAUCUGUGCCACCUGAAAUACAAGGAAGAUUUCGUGGUCGCAAAGAUGGAACCACGCAAAAUGUGUUAGCUGCCAUUAGUUUUGACUUAAAGUUCACCUAUGUGUUGGCUGGAUGGGAAGGCAGUGCACAUGAUUCACGUGUAUUAAAUGAUGCAUUUGCUAGGCCAGGGGGAUUUUCAAUUCCCAAUGGUAAAUUUUAUCUUGGUGAUGCUGGGUAUGGUAAUAAAAAUGGAAUAUUGUCACCGUAUCGGAGUGUACGAUAUCACUUGAAAGAGUUUAGUGAUCGUCCUCCUGAGAAUGCGCAAGAAUUGUUCAACCUCCAACACUCUUCAUUGAGAACUACCAUUGAGCGAGGGUUUGGAGUGGUGAAAAAACGUUUUCGAGUGUUGGAUGCAGAACCAUAUUGGUCUUUCCCAACCCAAGUGAAAGUAGUGUUAGCGUGUUGUGUGGUUCAUAAUCACAUUAUGGGGGUUGAACCAAAUGACCAUAUUAUGGAAGAUGCAAUGAACCAAGUAGAGCUUAGUGACCACCAACAAGAAACACAAUCCCAUCGGGAGUCCGUCGAAGAUAGUAGAUCAUGGAAUGCUAAGAGAGAUGAGAUAUGCCAAGCCAUGUGGUCUGAUUAUAUCAGGAGUGAAGAGUAGUAUUUUAUUUAGAUUUCUAUGAUUGUAAUGUGUUUUUCCUUGUUGUUUUUUUGUAAAGACAAUGUAUGUAAUAUAGACUUUUGGUGAUGUAAUGAAAAAGAAUUUUUAGCAUUACAUUGUUAUUUGAUGGUAUUACAUUGUCAUUUCCAUAGUUAGCAUGUUCCAUUCUGUUGUACACAUUCAUAAGCGUGGUUGUAUGUGUGUUUGAUUUGUUAUUCAUGUUCCGAGCGUAAUUACUAAAUGCUACUCUGACUAUACUAUUUUCAUAUGUAGUAAUGUCAAAGGGGAAAGAAAAAGUUGGUGGCGGCAAGCAAUUUAGGUGGCUGCCACCUAUGCAUGAGAUGAUGCUAAAGAUACUUACAGAGGAGGCUGGAAAGGGCAAUAAGCCCUCUAAUACUUUUAGGGCCGGCUUCUUUGCUCUUGUAGCCAAGGAGAUAACGGCCCAUUUCGGGGUUGAGUGCCACCCUGUAUUUGUGGAGAACCGGAUGCGGACUCUAAGGUCCAUGUGGUCAACUAUUCAAGAGCUUAGAAGGAAGAGUGGAUUCGGUUGGGACGAAAAUCUGAAAAUGAUAACUUGUGACGCAAAAACAUACCAAGAAGAAGUUAUGGCACAUCGGAAGCAUGCCGAGUAUCUGAACAAAAAAAUUGAGUUUUACGAUGAAUUAGCGAUUGUGGUGGGAAAGGACACAGCCACAGGUGGCUUUGCUAAGUCCGGAGUGGAUAUCGAAAAUGAGCCAGAUAAUGGGGAUGAUGGGGAUAGUGCAGACUUUGUCGCAGAUAAUGUGGAGGAAUGUGUGGUUGAAAAGGGGAAGAACGCAAAUGAAUCAUCCACCACUGGGUCGGGAAUUUCCAAGUCCCGCAAAAGAGGGCGUGCAGCUUCUACUGUUGAUGAUAGUGUGCUGACUGAUCUGUCUGAUCAGCUGAAGGAAAUAGCUGGCACUCUGAAAGAAAUUAAUCGGGGCCCGGUAGAUUAUACAACUUUGUAUAAUGAGGUAAUGGCUAUGAUGGCGGAGGGAUAUAGCGAAGAUAUGCUCGCUACUGCCUUCGACCAUCUUUGUGAGAAUGAGAAGACGGCACGUGGAUUUUUAGCCAAGAAUGCUAGGUUGAGGAAGCUAUGGUUAGAUGGUUAUUUUUUCUCACAAAUUUGAUUUGCUUAUUUCAUGUUGACUGUGAUGGUAGAUUUAGGAAUUAACUUAUGUUGUAGUAUUAAUAUUGACCUAUCAAUGUAUUAUAUAUGUACUCUUUUGUAUUAUUGGGACGAUAUAAUUGCCCAAAUUAUGUAUUUGUACUGUUCAGAUACCACAAAUAGGUAUCAUUUUUGUAUGCCAUUGAGGUGUAAUGCCAAUGGUGAACGAUU